GUGACUAGCAAUUUUGGAAACAAAAACCCUAACUGGACCAACCCAAAGGGUUUACUUACCCUAACCGGACCGAACAGCAUCCUUCUCCACUUCUACUCUCAGUAUCUGUCAGAGUCAGAUACUCCAACGUAACAUUUUAGUUUAGGAAUUAGCACUAUGGAGGAGCUAUCUUCUUAUUCUCUUAGCUUCACGGAGAAGAACAAGCACAUACUCUCUGUUGUGGAAGCCAUAGCGGUGGACACUGUUCUUGCUACUGCCAAAUCUUUCCUCUGCCUUUUCAUAGUGACUGGAUCUCUGCUGACUGGCAUCAAUCAUUUAGUACUGUCAAAAUUGACCACCAUGGAUGGAAGAUUUCCCUUCGAUGAUCUCUGCAAGGGGAAACAUACUUACCUUAAGAACAAGGAUGCUGCUGAUUCAGAUGAAGAUGAGGAUGAAGAAGAUGAGGAUGCAAAUGAUCAAGAUGAUGAGGGAGAUGAGGACUUCUCAGGUGAUGAAGGUGAGGAAGAGUCUGACCCUGAGGAUGAUCCUGAGGCAAAUGGUGCAGGAGGAAGUGAUGGUGAGGAUGGUGAUGAUGACGACAAUGAUGGUGAUGAGGAUGAUGAUGAUGGAGGAGAAGAUGAGGAUGAGGAAGAAGACGAAGACGAAGAAGAGGAAGAUGAAGAGGAGGUUCCACAGCCACCUGCCAAAAGGAGGAAGUAAAAUAACAGUAGUAGGUACAGUGUUUUCUUUUUCUACAAUGUAAUGCACUAGUCAGUCUUAGUUUUUAGAACAGGAUUUUCUUUCAAGUGAACCCAUCUCUCCAUAUAAAAGUUUAAUUUGUUUGUCGUUAUUUUAGUUAAUUUUCGCCAACAUUAUUCAGUGAUAUGCUGUGGUAGUUAGCAUCAUUAUAUUAUUGUACCCUGAUUGUAGAAAAAGAAAAAUGAACUGACAUUGGCUCAAGGAGGCAGCGAUCAUUUUAUGAACCAAUAUAAAUACGAUUG